CGCGCCCGUCUGCUCUGCUGUUGCUGCCCUUUGAUCCCCCGCAUUAGUGUUAGUUAGGGGGGCUCCGAGGCGCACAGCAGUCAAGACAGCCGAGCGAGCAAGGCAAAGCGGCCCAGGCGGCGCCCCCUCCUCCGCGGCCCGGGCUCCCCUAUUUUCCCCCCCUCUCGCCUCUCUCUAUCUCUCGUCUCCCCCUUCGACCGACGGUCCCGCUCUGAAGCGAGCGAAGCCAGCCAGGUGCAAGACCGAGCGAGGAGCAGCGGCAGCCCGCCCUCCUGCCUGCCUGCCUGCCCGCCCGCCCGCCCGCCGUCCCUCCGUCCCCUCCGGUCUCCUUCAAAUGGGAGCGAGCCUCUUUUCUUCCGUCUCCCCGCGCCAGGACGAGAAUGUGAUUUAAAAACAAGCGUUUUGGGGAGGAAAAUGCCAAGGAGGAAGCAGGAGCAACCCAAGCGCCUGCCUUCACAUGUGGACAGCAAUGACGAAGGAGGGCCUGACGGCGGCGCUGCGGAGGACGAAGGCUGGUUCGGGAAUGCAUCCGACACGCGCUCGGAGUCUUCGUCCUACGGCGACACCCAGGAUGAGCUCUUCCUGCCGAGGGGAUCGUCUCCGGACGCCAACCACGAGAGUCCCACGGGCUGCCCCACGCCGGUCCACCGCGCCUCCUUGGAACUCCUGGGACUGGGCGGCGGCGCCUUCUCGCCGCAGGACACCGUCUCGUCGGUGGUGUCAUCGCUGUACGGCGAGGCGGCGUCCCGCGCCCUCGGGAAGCCCCUCAGCAGCAACCUGCGUCGCCUCCUGGAGGCCGGGUCGCUGAAGCUGGACGCGGGGGACCUUCUGGGGCGGGCGUCCCGGGGAGGCGAGUCCCCGCCCAUAGGGCUUGCGUCGCCCCUCACCCUUUCCCCAUCUUCACACCACGCUCAACAGCUCAGCGCGCUCGCCCGCAAGCUGGCCAACAACAACAGCGGCUCCGCCUCGCCGGCCUCGUUGGCGCCCUCGCUCACCAACGUUAAACAAGAGCCGCUGGACCACUUCAACUCCCAGAGCAACGGCGGUAGCUUUGUAUGGGCGGGAGUCGCCGACAAGUGGCCACCCACCGGCCGCUCCACGCCCAGCGGGUCCAGCCUCUCCCCGGACUCCGCCAUCCAGAAGCUAAAAGCGGCGGCUAACGCGGUGCUUCAAGACAAGAACGCCGUGUCGGCCGCCAAUACCACCUCCUCCACCAACGCUUCGUCCGUCGUGCCGCCCCUCGGAGGGGCCGGCGCCCGGGGCGACGACGUGGUGCGUUUCGAUGCCUUUAACUCUCCGUUCAGCCCGCAGUCGGCGAGCUCCACUUUGGCCGCGCUUUCCAAGAAAGUCAGCGAGAGGAGCCACGGUUCGUCGGCGCCCGCUGCGCCCGCCGACCAGCAGAACUCUGCGACGUCCUUCCUGUCGUUUGUGUCCAUGACCUCGUCGGCCGCCUUGCUCAAAGAGGUGGCGGCCAGGGCGGCGGGGAACCUGCUCACCGAGAAGAAGGAAGGCUCCCCCCUGCCGGGCGGUGGCGGCGGCAUCCUCCAAGAGGAUGUCAAGCCCCUGCUGGACAAGAACCACAAAACCUCCUCGCCGUCAACACCCAACCAGGGCCUGGACCUGUUGUUGCCCUCCACACCCAAAGGAAGAGGGAAACCCAACAACCAAGCAGCCUCACCGGAAGACGGCGGCAAACCGUUCCAGUGUCCUGUGUGCGGUCUGGUCAUCAAGCGCAAGAGCUACUGGAAGAGACACAUGGUCAUCCACACCGGCUUGAAAAGCCACCAAUGUCCGCUGUGUCCCUUCCGCUGCGCCCGCAAAGACAAUCUUAAGUCCCACAUGAAGGUCCAUCAGCACCAAGACCGGGGCGAGACGUUCCAGUGCGAACUCUGCCCCUUCACUUCCUCCCGUCACUUCAGCCUGAAGCUCCACAUGCGCUGCCAUCAGCACUUUCCCCGCACCGACGUCAAGGUGAAAGAGGAGCUCACCACCGACACGGAAGGCGAGGGCUCCCUGAUGGGCGACGCCGGCGGCCCAGCCGACUCGAGGGGGAACCGGCUGUCCCCUCUGCAUCCGGACGCCCGGCUGCAGUCGUCCCCGCCGGGCGAGGCGUCGUCCAAUCACGUCAACGUCAAGGAGGAGCCGCUGGAGCGGGACCUGUCUGUCCUGUCGCCAUUUAGCAUGGGCAGGGAGCGACCUAGGAGCAGCGCCAACUCCUUGGACCUGCCGGGCGCAGGCGGCGGGGUGCACUCCGGCCCAAGCGGUCCAACCACGGCCUCCCUCUUCAGCCCGGACAUCACCACCAAGACAGCCACUGACCUGCUUAUGAAGCUAUCAGCGGCCAACCAGAGGGAGGCACUGAAGUCGCCCUUCCACGUGAAGGAAGAACCCAAAUCCGAGGAAGCCUCGAGUCCUAGACCGGCCUCCCAGUGUCAAAUCCCGCCGAGCUUCCCCGGGACAUUCUGCCAGGACGCUAUCACGGGGUCGGCGGCUUCGGAACGUCCGGGGUCCCUCAAACCGAGGGAAGGGAGCCCCCCGGCUACCAACAGCUUAUUGAGCCAAGACAUCAACAUGAAAGUGGCCUCCGAGUUGCUGAUCAAGCUAUCAGAGAACAACAAAGACGGCCACUUCCAGAAGGUGAAGGUCAAAGCGGAGCCCAUGGAGGUGGACCCGGCCCCUGCCGAAGUCUCGUCGCCCGCUCCUCCCCCUGCUCGCCUGCUGCCUUUCGGCACUUUAGGGCCACGCGAGAAGACUGAGCCCCCGGAGCAUCUAGCGCGCCCCCAAAAGGACCUCUUCUCCCAAGACAUCUCGGUCAAAAUGGCCUCCGAGCUCCUCUUCAAAUUGUCAGAAAAAGUGAGCAAAGCCAACAACCACAAAGACGGGGGCAACAUGGUGGGAAUUAACAGUCCGUUCUUGGACGAGUGCUUUCGACAAUCACCCUUCAACUCGCGCUCCAAAAGCUCCUCCCCCGCAGAGGCCGGCUCCUCCACCCGGCCGCCUUUCAACGACUCGGAAAAGGAAGACGGCGAACCGGGCAACGGCAUCGCCAAGUGGCGGCUCAACGAGCAGCUCUACCCGUGCCCCGUGUGCGGCAAAGUCUUUGGGAGGCAACAGACGUUAUCGCGCCACCUUGCCCUACACACAGAGGAGAGGAAGUACAAGUGUCAUCUGUGCCCCUACGCCGCCAAGUGCAGGGCUAACCUCAAUCAGCACCUGACCAUCCACUCCGUCAAGCUGGUCAACACGGACGCCGAGCAGAUCGUCAGCGCCGUCGCCGCCGUCAACGACGGCGCCGAGCGCAAGAACUGCGCCUACUAUUACAGCUGCCACGUUUGCGGCUUCCAGACGGAGCUCAACGCCCAGUUCGUGGGCCACAUGUCGCUCCAUGUGGACAAGGAGCAGUGGAUGUUCUCGCUCUGCUGCAGCGUCUGCGACUUUGUGUGCAUGGAGGAAGGCGACAUGAAGAGUCACAUAAGCACCGGCCACGCAGGCCUGAACUCGAGGAGUCCCCUGAGCGAAACCAAGAGCACGUCGUCCUCCCUCUCGGCCCUCAGCGACUCGCUCAACAGCUCGGAGGGCGGCGACCUCACGCACAGCGGCGGCGAAGAACUCAAAAGUCUACUAGCCCCGCUCUCUUCCGGCGGCAGCCAAUCCAGCUCCGGGAGCCGCUCGGGCUCGGAGGACAAAUCCGCCGAUAAAGGCUUCGAGUGCGUGUUCUGCACGUUUGUGUGCAAGACGCGCAGCAUGUAUGAGCGCCACCUGCAGAUCCAUCUCAUCACCCGCAUGUUCGAGUGCGACGUGUGCCACAAGUUCCUGAAGACGCCCGAGCAACUGCUGGAGCACAAGAAGUGUCACAGCGUCCCCACCGGAGGACUCAAGUGCCCUUUCUGCAUCUACUCCAGCGGUCGUCCGGCGGCCAUGGAGUGCCACCUGAAGACGCACCUCCAGACGGAGCACCGCUGUCGCAUCUGCCAGGGACUGUGGCCCGACCGCCUCUCCCUGGAGGCCCACGCGCGCGCCCACCGCCUGGGCAACCACUACCGCUGCGAGCGCUGCGGCUACCUGUCCAAGACGGCCAACAAGCUCAUCGAGCACGUGCGCGUGCACACGGGCGAGCGGCCGUUCCACUGCGACCGCUGUCCGUACCGCUGCAAGCGCAAGGACAACCUCAACCUGCACAAGAGGCUCAAGCACGCACCGCCCGCCCCCCCAGCGGAAGAAGGAGGCGGCGGGGCGGGCCGGGAGACACCGGGCCGACUCGCCGCGUCCCGGGCGCUGCGCUCCGUCGCCUUGACCCGCACCCUCGGCGGCGGGCCUCGCCUUGCCCGGCCCCCGUCGGGCGGCGACACGGACCCGUACAGGAACUGCGAGCGAGCGCACCUGAUCCCCCUCACCACCCUGUUCACCCACAGUUUCACAUUCCACCCCCCGCCCCUCCCUGCCGUCGCCCGCUCUCCAGUCUCCCACAAACACUCCUUCAUGGCCUACCUGGGACUCACGAAGAGGGCUGAGACUGUUUGACUUGCCUUUUCUUUUCAAUCAGACCACCACAAACAUUUCUAAGAGUUGUACAUGCUAACAGAAAAAAAAACAUUUAUAUCCAAAAGCUGCUUUUUUUUUUUUUUUCUUCUCCCGAGUUGAUUGAAUUUCAUUUUGGACGAGCGCUUAGCUCCAGCUCGUUUUCAAGCUGCAUCGAGAUAGCAUGCCUCUUUCUGUGUUUCAAGCUAGCUUAGGAAGCUGACAUGGAGUUUUUGGUCGGGUGCAACACAGACGGAACCAAUGAAACGGACAAAGGCUCGUUUCCAAAGCAGACGCCUCAAACCGCGCACUUAUUUAUCAAUCUUGUACAUAGUUUUGUAGCCCCUGGUCCAUCUUUUUUAAUUUUUUUCAUUUUCUUUUGUACGAUGGUCAAACCAUGUUGUGCUUAGCUGCUGCCUGACGUCACUUCUUUUUUCUGCUAAGCUAUGAGAAUGAAAACGAAAAAUUUGACAUCCCGAUUGAAGGUCAUUUUUGCACUAACCCGAUCCCCAACGAUAAAAUUAUCUAUACCGUGCUAACGGGUUAGCAGAGGCGGCCGGCUGCAGUUUGGUUGGUCGCCGCAGAGCCGAUUCAAAUGGUGCUUUUUGAAGCUUUUGUAAUUUUUAUGUACAAAAAAGAAGCUAAAUAACUAGAAAAAAAAAAGUUCCAAAAUGACUUGAAUGAAUGUAUUUUUGUUGAUGUAAAAAAAAAAGUGUGAACAGGGACGGAUGGGCUGGUAAACAGAUGGAAAAAUGCCUUUUUUUUACUUUUUAAUGUUUUCUUCUGUUUCUUUUUACUGAGCCUUUGUCAUGGAAUACAUUUUUACUAACAUCCGCAGAUCCAAUUCCAGCAGACACACCAACUACGGGAUGGGCAUAAUUCAAUCAGAAUUUUACAAUCUUGUCUUUUUUCCCCCCAAGUGUUCUGAACUCCUGUUGCAAUGCCAUAAUAAUGAUCGAUAGAGAUGAGCUGACAUCACAGUCAAGUAUUGCACUCUAUUUCUGCCUCAAUCAGAACGUAAAACUUUCAAAUGAUAAACAUUAAGUGCGCCACUAACUAAGCGUGCCUCCAAACAUCCUAUGGUGCAACCGUUGUAAACCAAGGACCUGAAUUUUGUUUUGGUACGCAGUGACAAAACCCGAAUUUGUAAGUAAGUCUGAACACAGCGAAGGCUAUCAGGAAAGAAUGUCUGAACUGUUGUAAACCGAAGACCCCCUGUCAUCGAUUAUCAUGCCUAUCACUUAUAGUCACAAAUUCACCCCAUCCCUUAAAACAUCAACUUUGCACUUACAUUCGUUAACACGUCUAAGAAAGAAAGCACUUAAAAAGCUUCAAACGUGCUUGCCAAGAAAACAAGUCAAUCAAGACACCCUUAAGCUCCGCCCAUGCGGAUACUAUCAUUAAAUUGUGUGAAUCGGAGAGUCACAGAUAAAGCUCAUCCUGGGAGCUAAAAAGGGACCCCAGGCUAAAUUUGUGGGUUUUGUUUCUUUUGCACAACGCUGCACUUUUAUUUCACAAUGAGACUCGAUAGACGUGUUCUGACUAGAGUAGGGCGGCAGAGCUUUUGAUUUCAAAUUCAAUUUGAUUUUUGAAAAGCUUUAGCAGUUAAGUUACUCAUUGCUGAGUGAAAAAACAUGUAUCUCCACAUUUUGUGAUUUUCUUGUAAUUACAUACAGUUUUGGUUUAGCUUUUUUUUCUAAAUUUGAUCUUUAACAUACUAAAAAAAAUAGAUCUUUUCAAAAAUUGAUAAAAGCUAUCAGCUAUUAUUUAAUGGACAAAAUUCUAAAGGAGAAAAAAAAUCCCCAAAUAUCUUAAAAUAUGGAGCUACAUGUUUUUUUACUGGACAUCAUCAUGUGGCCUUGAAAGCCUCGAUCCCUUGUCUUUAAAGAGAAUCCUCCUCCUCUUCCUUUUUUUUGUCCAUUUUCAAUCGUUUGUUUUGCUUCAUUUUCUACUUUAAAUGAUGCCAGAUUGGACGAGAGAAAUGUUUUCGACCAAAACGUACGUAGCCGCAGGACGUGAUGUUAGGAUGCAAUCCGUCACGUGCUGUUUUGUUUUGCCAACUCUCUAUCAGUGUCAUUUAUUUUUAGCCGCUAGUUGCAAUUCAAUCAACUCCUCCUUAAAAAAACACAGUAAUAAUAAUAAGUAUUUCUUUGAGCAUUGCCUCAUCAAUUUUGGUUUGCUUACUUUGCACUCCCCUGCUGUUAGCAUGACAUCUCAACAUUCAGUCCCUGAGUUAGCAUCUUCUUGGUUAGCAGCGUUUUUACGAUCGAGACAAAAAAAAAGGCUCAACCCACCGCAUCUGCUUUGGUAACAAUUGGUAUAUGCUGUACAAAGCUUUUUUUUUUAUACCUGAUUAUUAUUAUUAUUAUUAUUACUCCAUGGUUAAGGCUGUACAGGGUUGUGACGAUAACUGGUAAAUAGAUCAUUUGUACUUUUUUUUUUGUAUUUGUUUUCUUUGGUAUUCUUUUUAUGUUCAACAUGCCGGAUCUAAAUGUAACAGGAUUUCAAAGUAAAGCUUACAUCAAAUAUUG